CUUGUCCCUGCGUUUGCCCAGUCAGGGUGCUGCAGCAGUGCGCCGCUGCCGGCCACGGGUCUCUCCCAGCCUACGUAGCGACCUCUCCCGGCAAGUGAAGGCUGCGUCUGCAGAGGUACUGUGCUACCGAACACCUUACAGAGAAGGUACAGAGUGCUACCCAUCACCGGCAUUGAGGUAAUGGAACCUGGAAGGCAAGGAGACGUCUAAGGUACCUAGGUAUGACCUCUGCCAUCUAGCAACCCCGACACCUGCGUCCAUGAACUCCAAACUUCAAAGCUUCACCUCCCAUCUUACACUACCUUGCGUCUCACGGCCCACGUUUCUCCCUCGCUCUCUCUUCCCUCCUCACGCACCUUCUCUCAGCUCCCAGACCUCGUCCUCCCAUCUCACGCACCUCAUCUGCUUCGCCCUACUGCACCGUACGCCCACAAGUCUGUCCGUCCGCAUCCGCGUCCAGUCCGCACCACGACCCUCUCUCGAGCUAUUCUGUAAUUAAACGCCUAGCGACAAAGCACUCGCCACAACAUUCCUACCAUAACAUAGGCGUCGCCGUCCCUUCCAAGAUAUCGACCGACCAGAGCAACCGCGGGGCCUUCCCGCGGUAACGUAGGCCGACCUGGACCCCAACUACAAUCCGAAUUCCAUUUCCCAUCUUGAUCCAGCCAACCAACAAGUGCCCACCCCGCCGGACCAGACAUCUUCAACCGCAGUUCCGACCCAAGCCCCCGCGGCUUCCCGCCCCUCCUCUUCUGACGAUUCUACAACUUCGAGCCACUACCAACCGACCGCCGUCCAACUCUCCUCGACUGUCCCCGAAGCGAUAGCAUCUCCCUCGGCGCCCCGUCAGGUCUUGGGCCGUAGACGAAGAGCUUCCGACGCGGACCGGGGAGACUCUCCUACCUCGUCCGCGGCUGCCAGUCGAACCGGCUUACAUCGUUCAAAACGCAGAAGAGGAGACUCCACCAUGAUCUCAGACGGCGAUGGAGCAGCCUCAAAUGGAACGUCGAGGACGUACUCCAACGGCGCAACGACGGAGGCCCCGCCGACUGCCUCCGCGACAAACGGUGCUCGCAAAGCCGCUGCCCUGAACGGGUCAUCCCGUUCUGACAAGGAAGCUCAGACACCCGUUCCCUCAACCUAUUAUGGACAUGAUCGCGAAGAGGUCACCCGCAUACUCAUACAGGCUCUGUCCGACAUGGGAUACCAGGGUGCUGCCGAGAGCGUGAGCAAAGAUAGCGGCUACGAGCUAGAGAGCCCGACGGUCGCCGCCUUUAGGAGCGCAGUCGUUAGCGGCGAGUGGAGUGAAGCCGAAGAGCUGCUUUUCGGAGCCGUCAUGUCCGAGGAUCGAAGCCAACCCGGGAACGGUCUCGUCUUGGCCCCUGGCUCUGACCGGAAUGUCAUGCGAUUUUGGCUGCGGCAACAAAAGUUUCUCGAGUUGUUGGAGCAGCGAGAUACUCCCCGGGCUCUGAUGGUGCUGCGAACCGAGCUGACGCCGCUAUACCAAGAUACUCAAAAGCUCCAUUUCCUCUCCAGUCUUCUCAUGUGCCAGUCAACAGAAGACUUGAAGGCUAAGGCCGAAUGGGAUGGUGCUCACGGCCAGUCGAGAAAGGUCCUGCUGUCUGAACUGUCCAAAUGCAUCUCGCCCUCGGUUAUGCUGCCAGAGAAUCGUCUUGCCGUUCUUCUACAGCAGGUGAAGCAGAGCCAAAUAGACAGCUGCCUCUGGCAUACAACCGCAUCAUCUCCUUCAUUAUACUCUGAUCACUAUUGUGAACGGAGUCACUUCCCUACUGACGUCGCGUUAGAGCUCACAGACUUGACUGGCGAAGUCUGGCAAGUUUUGUUCUCUCACGACGGCCAGCGACUGGCUGCUUGUGGAAGCGGCGAAGCUGUUGUCAUCUGGGACUUGCCUUCUUUCUCGGUCUCUCAAAUCUUGCGUCCGCAUGCUCAGGGUGUCGGUGGUCUGUCGUGGAGCCCCGAUGACUCCAUGAUCGUCACAUGCUCACAGGACAAGUAUGCCAGGCUGUGGGACACCACGACUGGAGAGCUAGUUUUGAAGCUCGAGCGAUUUGAGGAGCCUGCGAGUGGCUGUGUGUGGGCGGCGGACAGCAAGACUUUUGUUACCGGAUCUCUAGACAAGCAACACGGCUUGCGUACGUGGAGCAUCUCUGGCGAGAUGAUGUGCGAAUGGGGCAAAAAGCAUAGAGUUCAGGACAUCUGUGGUUCUCCGGACGGUCACUGGCUCGUGGCUGUCGACGACGAACAGAAGAUUCACGUCUACAACGCCUUCACACGCGAGCUAGAGUACGAAAUGGAGGUCAAGUCGCGGCCGACAUGCGUGAGUAUUAGCGAAGAUUCACGGCAUUUGCUCCUUAACAAAAAGGAUGGCGAGCUGCAACUGAUAGAUCUGGUAAACCGAACGUCGGUCCAGAAGUUCUUGGGUCACACUGGGGGCGACUUCAUAAUUCGGAGUGCUUUUGGCGGCGCGAACGAGAGCUUCGUUGUAAGCGGCAGUGAAGAUGGAAACAUCCUCAUCUGGCACAAGAAUAGCGGCGCUGCAGUGGAGAGACUUGAGGGGCAUCAACCUCGAACUAACGCUGUCACCUGGAACCCGGCAGACCCUUGUAUGUUGGCCUCAUGUGGCGACGAUGGCAAGGUCAAAAUAUGGUCGAAUAAGACUCGGAGCACAGCUCUAAGAUCAUUACAUAACGGCGCUUCCCGAAGUUCGAAUGGCUGGAGAGAGGAAGAGCGUGCCGAGGAAUAGCAGACUGCGGUGCGAGUCAAGGCCGAGUAGAGCAGGGUCGGAAUCGGAAUGGAAACAACCCUCCCUUCAUCAACAUAUUAUGGUGUCACGGCGCAUUUUGGGCUGCGGUAUAAGGGUGAGGUGACAGGAGCCGUUCGUGGAUACCACCACGGUUGGGUUGGCUCACUGCAAUUAGAACGAUCAAUGUUGUAUUACCGUCCCUAUUACCAAGACUAUCAUCGUAGCGGCACCAAUUGCUAGCUUGCACAAUUCCUUGAUGCGAGCAUUGUUCAUUGUCAUGGAACGAGGAGGCAGGCACUUGAACCACGCACAGUCAAGGUUGGCUUGCUUGCAAUCUCGCCCUACUUCUUUCCGCCAUAAACGAGUGGCAAAAUGGAUGGAAGGCAAUCCCUCGUGUGCAUGCCGGGCCUGGCCUAGCCAGAGGCAAUUCUUGCGUAUUUCUAGCAAAAGACUGCGGCAGCGACGUCAAUCCAGGAAGGCCCAGCCUUUAGCAUCUUGCAAGUGCACACUGCCUG